GACCGCCUAGCCGGUGUUUACAAUUCACAAGUUGGGAGAUUGUUUGUUGUUUUAAAAUACUUUAUUAGAUUUUUGUGUUUUUUUCAAAAAUGACUUCUAUAGAGGCGUAUGUAUUGCGCAUUAGACCGGCGGUCGAUGAUUUCGUCAAGCAACCAAGCAAAACAACACUGGCAAAAGUCAAACAGGAAGUAACAGGAUUUGAUUUUUCACAAGCGCACAUAUUUCAAGCACAAGUUGUUGUGCCGCUUGUGAUAAAGCUGGAUGAGCUCAAAGGUGAAAGCCAGGAGCUGCGCACUAGCUUGCUUGACGUAGUGCGUCAUAUCGUUUCUCAGCUCUAUCUAGCAGAUGAACGCGGCCUUCGCUCUAUACUCAUGGCUGCUUUGUUGCAGCUGCGGGAUCCUGGCGGCGCCAAAAUGCUGCCUAAUCUCUCGGAGGAAAUUAAAUUGGCAGCUGUGCUCUGCAUGUCGGAAGCACUGCGACGUUCUCCAGGCGAUGUACUUGAGAUGUUUUACACCAAAGACAAGAUGUUGGUAAUUGGCCAAGUGCUGCUCACGCUAGUGGCUCUUAUACAACAGGAAAAGUAUCGCAAGUUGGUCAUUGCAUCGCUUGAUUGCCUUAUGGUCCUGUUUGGUGUGCAAGAAGGUGUCCUGGAGGCGGAUUAUGUGCUACGCCAUCAAAUUGCCAAUACCAUCUUUAUCUAUCUGCCCAAAGUUGUAACAGUGCUCUUUGUGACUGCAAAGGGCGAUGACAAAAUGGGCCAAACCAUCAAAUCAAUGGCUGUAAAGGCUUUGGGUCGCAUAAUAUGCAUUAUGUUUGAGGAAACGGAUAAAAUUGGGGGUGGACGUUAUGAUCUGAAUGCAUUUCGAUUGCUGUUUGAUAAUGCCAGUAAGGAGCAGUCGAGUGAUUUAAAUUUGUUCGCAAGCAAACGCAGCACACAAGAGCAGAACGAUGAGCGACUGAGGCAGCUCCAAGCGAACCCACGUUCCGCAGACUGGAUGACAGCCUCCAUGAAACACAUGACGCCCAUUUUCGCCGAGACUAGUAUACUGAGAGCACAUGAUAGCAUCGAAGUGCGCAAAGCAUACGCUGAAAUGUGUUGUCUACUGCUUCAGAAUUGUGGCAGCAAUCUGCAGCAGAACUUCCUCCACCUUCUAGAGAGCACUUUGGCCUUGUCUGAGGAUGAGGACCAACAAAUUGCACAACUGUGUCAAACGACACUGCGUCAGCUGCAGGACCAACAACGUUAUUCAAGCAUCUUUGACGAAAAUGCCGAAUUGCUGCUUGAUACGCAUCUGCACAGACUACCACGCAUUCUACAUCGUUGCGAUGACAACGAACAGUUUGCCGAGCUGCUAUUCCUUAAAGGUUGUUUGCACAAUCUCAGCGCCGACAAAUUACAGCUGCUGAUGCUGGUGCCCAAGAACUUGGCGCUGUUUGUCAUGUGCCUACUGUCCGCCCUGGAUCAGCGUCUAUCACGUGAGCUGCUCAACGAAGAGUAUUCGUUGCGCAAAGUCGUUGAGGGCAGCACCAGAGAGUUGGCUGCACAACUCACUCAACUGCCUUGGCGCCAGUUCAAAUAUCUUAGCUCGAAGCGUUGCGUGGAUGCCCUUUACGACAUUGGAGCGCUUCUGGGCAGCGAACCUGCUUUGCAUCAUUUAAUCUUUGACUUUUGCCAAGACUUGAUCAUACAACACAGUCCCUCUAUGAAUGAGGCUAUAUUAUUGAUCACGCUUAUGGUAACGCCACAGCAACGAACUGAGCGUAGCAGUCGCUUAAAGUUGGCCCAACUUUUCGUAGAGCAGCUGCUCGCAGAUGAGCACUGGCAGCUGGCGUUGCAACCAGACGCAUCUUGGCGUCUCAAACCCGAUAAGCCCACAUCUUGGUGGCAGGAUCAUACACCUGGUAUGUACUCGGCUGCUUUGGAGGUGCGCACUCAGGAUUGUGAUUCGGACGAUGAGAGCGAACCGCUCAGCAGCCGCGUCAGCAUUUCAGAUGCUCAAUUUAAUGUGCUGCAUACCUGCAUUGUGCUAGAUGCCUUGGGUCAUUGCGCCAGCUUUAUUGGUGACACCUUCGAUCGUCACAUUUUUCGCAGCUUGCAUAGAGUGCUUUUAAAGUUGGCCAGCAGCAAUACAAUUGUGCAUCAAGCUGCCACAUUUGCCUUUGUGUCCAUCCAGCGUGCAUUGAAGUAUGCUCAACCAUCGCAUUUCAUUGAGUGCUCCACGGACUACAUCACAUUCCAUCUUAAUACUCUACUGAAGAAGUCGCCAGAGAGCAACGCCGCCGUGGAUAUUCUCAGCGUAGUGCUGCAGUAUAGCACGCGUGGCAAUGUGCCACACUUGGAUAGCAUAUUCCAGACAAUCUGUGAAGAGUGCGCCAAGUCGCAUCAAUCCGAUAACAUUUACUCAUAUCUGCGUGUCUUCAAUGCCUUUCUGCGUCACGUCACCAGUUGGCAAAGUGAAACAGUGCAGCAAGUUGACGACAUUCAAAUGCAAGUGGAAGAUGAGGAGCAUCAUAUUUUAAACACUUGGCUAAAUGUUCUCAAUAAGGUAACGAUCGAUGAACCUAUCGAUUUGGAUAAUGCGCCCAAGGAAGAACCGGAUGUCACUAUGCCGCCCGAAGGCGACGAAGAGGAUCCCUCGACAACAGACCCUACGAAACCGGAGCUACCGCGUCAUAUUGCCAUGACUAAAGAGAUAUUAAGUCAGGUGAUUAAGUUCUUAUCAAACUCGGAGCAGACGCAACAAAUUCUGGCACUGGAAUGCCUGGCUACUGGAGUGCCACUGCUCGCGGACUAUGAGAACGAACUCUUGCCGUUGGUGCAUCUAAUUUGGCAGCCACUGGUUGAGAAAUUCCGUCAGAAAGAUGCUCUUGUGUUGAGUCGAUGUUUCAGUCUUCUGCACAUACUCGGUUUGCAUGCUAAGGAUUUUAUUUUGAAGCGUAGUCUUAGUGAUGUACUGCCACAACUGCGGGAAUUCCUUAAGGCAGCCAGCGUACACAGCAUCGCAGAGAAAUCUCUAGCUCCAACGCAAGAAUACAAAUUGCAGCUGAAGCUAUUGCAACAUUUACCGGAAUUCAUACAAAGCUUGCAGAUUGAUGGAAAACAUUUGCAUGACCUGCUCAGCAUUGUGGCCUUGUAUUUGUCACAGGCACAACCCAAGGAAAUGCAGCAACUUGCUGCAGAAGUUUUCCACAAACUAUUUGACUACAACGGACCAUUUGUGUAUGUGACGCUGUUGCAGCGCGCUCAUCUCAAGGAUUACAAGACAAAUGUGAAUGACAUAUUUGAUGUCAUAGGAUUAAGUUUAGCCAAACAAGUCGAUGUUGAUCUUAACUAAUUAAAUAAAAAAGAAAUCAAUUUUAAU